AUGGCUCCUCCAGCCCAACUCCCUCUUCGACAACUCACCAAGAAUGGCCCCAAGAUCCCAUCUAUUGGUCUGGGUCUUAUGGGAAUCAGCGUCGGAUACGGAGCAGCCACAUCUGACGAAGAACGUCUCAAACUGCUCGACCGUGCAUGGGAACUCGGCUGUACCAAUUGGGACACAGCUGACAUCUAUGGCGACAGUGAAGAUGUCGUAGGCAAAUGGUUCAAGCUUCAUCCCGAACGUCGUCAGGAUAUCUUCCUUGCGACCAAGUUUGGGCUGAGGGAUGUGCCUAUUGAGAAGACUGUGGAAGCCCUGAAGCAAUUGGUUGAUGAAGGAAAGGUCAAGUACCUGGGCCUCUCAGAGAUCUCGUCUACCACUCUCCGCCGAGCCCACGCCACACAUCCCAUCUCAGCAGUACAAGUCGAGUACAACCCCUGGACGCUCGACAUCGAAGGUCCUUCAGGAACAAACCUUCUCAAGGCUUGCGAGGAGCUGGACGUGGCAGUGUUUGCCUACUCACCUCUUGGCCGUGGUAUCUUGACCGGUCGUUUCCGCUCUGUCGAUGAUUUCGAAGCGACAGAUACCCGAAGAAACCUGACACGGUUCCAGGGUGACAACUUCAAGAAGAACUUGACGAUUGUGGACCAGUUCAAUGAGUUGGCCAAGAAUAGGGGAUUUACAUCUUCACAGCUCGUUCUGGCCUGGAUCUUGGAGCAGAGCCCAAACAUGUUUGUCAUUCCUGGUACGAAGAACGUCAAGUAUCUCGAAGAGAACGUGGGAGCAGCAAAGGUGACCCUGAGUAAGGAGGAGAACCAAGACCUGAGGAAAUUGGCAGUCGAGGCUGGAGUUGUUGGGGGGCGGGACCCCUUUUUUGGCUGCUUCGCUGAUACAGCUCCUCUGGAGAAGUGA